AGCAAGCGACUACUGAUUACUUAACUACAAGGGCUUCUACUGCACCUGUCCAAAACACUCCUUCAUCGUCUGUACCAGCUACAUUCAAUACCACAGACCAAGUUUCAACUGAACAAUUAACUACUGAACACAUAACUUCUGACCCUGCAACUACUGUACCUGUUCAAAAACGAUCUACAUUCAAUAGCGCAGUGCGUGUUUCUACUGAAGAGGCAACUACUAAACACCUAACUAAAGAUCCAGCGACUGCUGGUUACUUACCUACACAUGCAACUACUGAGAAUGUAACUCAUCAAUCAACAACUGGGACUGCGGACACAGAAAUGCAACACAGCAUUACACGAGCGACUACUGACCAUACUUCUGCCCUAGAUAUAACCACGGUGGUUGAGACUGCUUCGUACAGUACUGCAGAGCCUGUCAGUGUCUCCACUGUUACGCCAACUGAAAACAGUCAAGGUUUAAGUCCAGACAACCUGGUAUUGAUCCGUGAGAACAUGACGUGGAACGACGCCCUGAGCUACUGCAGAGAGCACCAUGUUGACCUGGUCUCUAUCACUACAGAGCUGCUUCAGUACAGGGUGGCCAAGAGGGCUACCAAUGCCACUUCAUCCCACGUCUGGGUGGGCCUGCGCUUCACCUGUUCAUUCCACUUCUGGUUCUGGAUCAGGUCUGAUGCAGGCUGCUACCAGAACUGGGCCCCCGGGCACGGCUCAGACAGCCAGCAGGACUGUGGGAUUGCAGGGGCUGUAGAGACCACUGGGAGGCAGCAGUGGGUUAGUCUGGAGGAGAACCAGAGGCUCAACUUCAUCUGCUACAAAUGUUCUGGGUACAGUGGUGAGGGGUUGAUACAUCCCUGAUUCGGACAACUUUAAGUAUGUAAGAAAUGCUAACACGUCAUGGCAGCCUAAGAUUCAUCUCCAGCAGCCUGUAUAUACCACGAGAACUCUAUCAGAAGGAUCCAUCUCCAGCAGCCUGUAUAUACCAUCAGAACUCUAUCAGAAGGAUCCUUCUCCAGCAGCCUGUAUAUACCACGAGAACUCUAUCAGAAGGAUCCAUCUCCAGCAGCCUGUAUAUACCAUGAGAACUCUAUCAGAUGAUGCUGAUUUUACCAACUCUAUUUAUGUUUCAACUGAAUCUUGUUUUUCUUCAGGUGAUUUGAUUGUAUGUUUGUCCAUUAUGCUGAUUGUAUUGCAUCUCAGUUGUGGUAGUCUCGUCAAGAACCAGGCUUCCCGUGACAACGACGUGAUUUUGGAGCUAUGGCAACACGCGACUACAGUUGUCGUAGCACACUACAAUAGUUUAAAAAAGUGACAGUGUGUUACUGUUGAGUUCUAGUGUGUUACUAUUGAGUUCUAGUGUGUUACUGUUGAGUUCAAGUGUGUUACUAUUGAGUUCUAGUGUGUUACUGUUGAGUUCUAGUGCGUUACUGUUGAGUUCUAGUGUGUUACUGUUGAGUUCUAGUGCGUUACUGUUGAGUUCUAGUGUGUUACUGUUGAGUUCUUGGGUGCUGUUGCACUGUCUGCCACAACUGUUACAUUGACACAUCAGUAGAUUGUAUAUUAAACAACUGUUACAUUGACAUAGCAGUAGAUUGUAUAUUAAACAACUGUUACAUUGACAUAGCAGUAGAUUGUAUAUUAAACAACUGUUACAUUGACACAGAAGUAGAUUGUAUAUUAAACAACUGUUACAUUGACACAUCAGUAGAUUGUAUAUUAAACAAAUGUUACAUUGACAUAGCAGUAGAUUGUAUAUUAAACAACUGUUACAUUGACACAGAAGUAGAUUGUAUGAUUGAACGGCUUUAUGGAUUA